AUGCGCAUCGCCCAACUCCUCGCUCUCAGCGGCCUCAGGCUCGCAAGCACCGUCACUUUCAGUAGAGACCUCGACCACAACGACGUUCUUCCUGUUGGGAUAGCUGCAGUGCAUCUGGACUGGGACCGCGCGGAUACUUUGAUCCCGCUGUGCGAGGCCUGCAUUGGGGAAUCCCGUACCCAGCAUCAUGAUCAUGAUCACCAUGACGAUGACAAGGACAAUGACAAUGACCACGAUAACGACCCUCAUGAUAAUGAUGCAUACGAUAUACUACGAACAUCAUGCUCUCUCUCAACCACAACUUGGAACCCCGCGGCCGCGACCUCGACCUCGACCACGGGACGUUCCGCAGCCACUGCUACUGGCGCGGGCGGGGUGUCGACUGCUGAUACUGCGGGAACCAGUGGUGGUACCAAUUGCGAGCGGUGCGACUGGUGCGACUGGUUUGGCUGCAUCUGGUACAAGCUCGCUCUCUCCGAUAGGAGCCCGAACAACUGGUAACGCGGCGCCGGGGAUAGUGGGCCUAGGUGGUGCUGCUUCUCCGGCGGCUGUUGUCUGGGUGGGAGCUCUUGCUUUCUUGUGAGGAAGGAGUGCCGGAGUGGUAGGUUGGAAGUGAGGGAGUUGAGGACUAUCGCUGAGUAGAUGGAUUCAUGAAUGAUGGACCAUGGGUGAUGAUCUUGGUAGAAUGGCUGUGAUUUUACUUUUUUUUGAUUAUGCUACCUAUGCUUCAAGUUGCUUGCUGAUGUAGGUGGUCUUUUGGGUGUGCGCUGUGAGUUGUGAUGUUAUUUGACUGAUGAGAUUGAAUUGAGGUCUUGGGGAUGAGGUGCCUUAUAC